CGCCGUUUCGAUCAACGUCUGAGGAUCUCAACAAUCUGUGUCUGUCUAAUUUCCUCCGGCGAGAAAACAAAACAGAGGAGGAACAGAAAAAGAUGUCAGCUUUGUGUCCUGUCUGCAACCUUACGCUUUCCUCCUCCUUAAUCCAAAGUCAUGUGAAUUCCCACUUCGAAGACGACGAAACAGAUUCUCAAAUCGAUAGCGAUCACUACUUGGCUGUUCAACUCGCCUCUUCUUCUUCUUCUGAUCAUCCUUCGUCAUCAUCUAACUUUGAUGAUUCCUUAGGUUUGCACAAUAGUGUUGCCUCUUUGGUUCAUUCUCAGACCAAGAGUCAAUUCUAUAGUGUUGGUCAUGGUGGUUUGAUUGGUUUGCUGAGAAACUGUUUGGAAUCAGAACUUAAAUCGAAGUCGAAACCUUUAGAGUGUAGUACUAGUUUACUAUGUGGCUUUGUUGAUCAUUUUCAAUCCUCAAAGGAGGAUAAAGGUUGGGGAUGUGGAUGGAAGAACAUUCAGAUGCAAUGCUCUCAUUUGAUUUCUCAUAGAGAAGAAGCUAAAAGAGUUCUCUUUGGUGGCUCUGACUUUGUUCCUGAUAUUCCUUCGCUCCAGCGGUGGCUCGAGUUGGCCUGGAACAAGGGUUUUGAUGCCUCUGGAGCUCUCCAUUUUAAAACUCAAAUCUACGGUUCAAAGAGAUGGAUUGGAACUACUGAAUGUGCUGCGUUGUUACGCUCUUUCGGGUUAAGAGCUAGGAUUGUUGAUUUUGCUCCCGAGAAAUCGAAAUCGAUGUAUCUUUCUGUUCCUGGUUCUGCUAUUGCUCCCAAGGUAAAGUCACAUGGUCCCAUGGACAGAUAUGUGGUUAAAACGGGCGGAAGUGGGACAGGAAAAUCAGUUGACUCUCAUGGUUCUAAUUCUUCUAGGAUCACCAAAGGAGCGGUUUUGAUGAAUUGGGUUUGGAAUUACUUCUCAGAUAAUAGGUUAAAUGUUUCCUCUGGUGUUCAUAUGACAAACAAAGGGCCGUUGUAUUUCCAACAUGAAGGACACUCAAGGACAAUUGUUGGGAUUCAGAGACGGUUGCAAGGAACUACAUUUACUCCUCAGUACAAUCUCUUGGUUUUGGACUCAGCUGAUUUUACUAAAGCUAUAGAGAAAGCACUUGUAGAGAAGAAAGGAUGGGAAGGAUAUCUUAAAAGAGGAGCUCACACAUUGAAGUGUCCCGAGUAUCAGAUGUUGUACGUUGAUACUGGAAUCGCUGAUAGAGAGGAGUUGGAGAAGCUCAAGACCAUUGAUAGCCACUUUGUUGAAUUCUAAUGGUCGCCUUAACCAUUGAAGAAUGGUUCGUGGAGUUUCUUAGAUUAAUUGCAUCGUAUACUUCUGUAUCAUAUGCAACUUUUUGUAAUGUGCUAAGGAAAAGCUCAUAUAACAUUGUCAAUUUAUAUAUUUUGCAGUUUUAUUCUCCA